UUUGAGGCUUGAAGCUGCUAUGCCUUCCCCGGCCAAAGGUGCUCACCGCGGGAACUCGGAUGUGUUCUCAGUUAUGGAGGAGAUCUUGGUUGCCCUUAACAGCCCAUGUUCAUCCACUGCAACGUGAAUAGUCGUGGGCAGAGACUGGUUCAACUUCGAUCCAACUUCUUGGCAGAGGCUAGAGAUUCAGUUGUCCAGGGGAGAUGUGAGAUGCGAAGCACAUGCUCUGCGUAUACUAUGGGCACGAGAUCACGAUUACAAUCACAAUCCACCUCAAGGGAAACAAACAAGACAGAUAAAUACGCCUGGCCCCGGACAACCGUCGAGACAUACAUCUGCCUAAACGAACGACACAAAGACGGUGAGUAUCUUAGUGAUAUUAAGAGUCCAGAUGAUUACUAUACAUAUUCUUUCUUCUAUCACGGACUUUUGCAAGCUGGCGGCAGUCCUUCCAUACAAAUACCACGAGGUUGUACGGAUACCUUGCUUGCUUAUGUCUACAAGUACCACAGUUCGUUGUGUCUCGACCCUAUAGUAUAACAAUUUGCAUGUCAGAUAUCCUAGAAACCACUUAUAAUGGACAUAUAUAUAUAUCCAUAUUUCCAC